UGUGUGUGUGAGUGUGGGCAAGGGGUCUGUGAAGAGCAGGUGUGGCUGAAUCAUGGGGGAGCUGAUGUUUGGGACUCUGGUGCUGCUGGUGUGUGUGUGGAGCUGCUGUAAUGGCGCUGGGCUGCAGUUUAAAGGAGAUUUUACUAUCCACGGCAUGUUUCCUCUCCAUAACGCUGUUCAGACCACCUCAGCUACGCCCUGUAUGGCUACCUGUAGAGAAGGAACAGAUAACAAGCAUGGCUUCCACUUGGUGCAGGCUCUGAGAUAUGCUGUGGAGGAGAUCAACAGCGGCGCUGGGAAUGAACAGCUCCUGCCAGGCAUCACUCUGGGAUAUCAGAUGUAUGACAUUUGCUCCCUCAGUGCCAGUGUUCUGGCUACUGUGGACCUGUUGGCUCAGCAGUAUAACAGAGUGAAAGUGGAGCCCCAGGCGGUGGCUCUCAUCGGUCCAGACAGCAGUGACUUCGCCUUCACUCCAGCUUCUGCUCUCGGCACCUACCUACUACCUGAGAUCUCCUAUGAAGCUUCCAAUGAAGUGCUCAGUAACAAACUCAAGUACCCAUCUUUCUUCCGCACCAUCCCCAGCGACAAGAACCAGGUCGAUGCCAUGAUCCAAAUUCUUCUCAAGUUCAACUGGACCUGGAUAGCACUUCUUGGCAGCGACAAUUCUUAUGGGCAGCAAGGAAUGUUGAGUCUGUCCCAGCAAGCAUCAGAUAACGGCAUAUGCAUCGCUUAUCAGGCUGUGAUCCCCACCCUGAACAGUGGCACACAGCAGAGAAUGAGGGACAUGGUCAGAAACAUCAUUAAAACCAAAGUGAACACUAUAGUGGUGUUCUCCAGCAAGAGGAUCGCCAAAGGCUUCUUCCCCUUUGUUAUCGAGAGGAACGUGACGGGUAAAGUGUGGAUUGGGACGGAGGACUGGUCCAUGGCCACCCUGGUGUCUGCAAUCCCAGGAAUCAGCACUAUUGGAACAGUUCUGGGUGUUUCUGUCAAAUACAUGCCUUUCGGGGGGUUUCGUGAAUUUGAGACCCAAGCUAUAUCUAAGCUCAGAGAUUUAAACUCCUCAGAGAUUGACAUGGUCGUCCCAUGCCUGCAGAACACAGACCUGUACACAAUGGCAGCUAAAGCCUAUUCUCUGGAGAAUUAUGAUAUUACAUCUUCUUUUAAUGUGUAUAAGGCGGUGUACGCAGUGGCGCAUGCUCUGAGAGGGGCCCUCGGGUGUAUGUCAGGAGGAUGCCUGAAGAAUAAAGUGCAGCCGUGGCAGCUCUUUCAGCAGUUAAAGCGAGUGCGAUUUCCUCUCAGAAACACAACCGUGUAUUUUGAUGAGAAUGGAGACCCACCCACAGGAUAUGACAUAGUGACGUGGACGUGGAAGUCUAAAGUAUGGGCAUUCAGAGUGGUGGGCUCAUACAGCCCAGACCCCCCUGCUUUUCAGGUGGAUCCAGCCCAGAUUCAGUGGACAGGAGAGGUUUCAGACGUAACCAUGGUGACUGUAUCACAGUGUUCUCCAGAAUGCCCCUAUGGUCAUCGGGAGCUCCAGGUUGGACAACAUAAGUGCUGUUUCGAGUGCAUGGCAUGCCCUGCUUCCACUUUCCUCAACAAGUCUGGCUCUACCAGCUGCCAGCCCUGUAAGCAGGAUCAGUGGUCUCCAGCUGAGAGCGAGGAGUGUCUGAACAGGACUGUUCUGUAUCUGCCCUGGAAUUCUCCAAUAUCUUACGCUCUGCUGGUCCUGCUGACUCUCACUCUGCUGCUCACUGUGGGCACAGCUUUCCUCUUCCUGAUCAACCUCAGCACCCCGGUGGUGAAGUCCGCUGGGGGCAGGACCUGUCUGCUCAUGCUGCUGUCCAUGACUGCAGCGUCCUGCAGCACACUGUGCCACUUCGGCGUGCCCACAAGAAUCGCCUGCCUGCUCAAACAGUCCCUCUUUCUCCUCAGCUUCACCAUCUGCCUGGCCUGCGUCACCGUUCGCUCCCUCCAGGUGGUAUGCAUAUUCAAGUGGUCCUCUAAACUUCCCAGGUUUUAUGACACCUGGGCCAAAAACCGAGGCCCUGAGUUCUUCAUCCUGAUUACGUCUGCAGUGGAGUUCCUUAUCUCUGUCCUCCAUGUGGUUUUAUUCACACCGUACCCCUCCCAGAAUUAUGAUCUGUACCAGGACAGCAUCGUUCUAGAGUGCAGUAACACUCUCUCUCCCGGAUCGUUUGUGGAGAUUCUGUAUGUGUCUCUGCUCACCAUCGCUUGUUUUUGCCUUAGCUACAUGGGUAAAGACCUGCCAGCCAAUUACAACGAGGCCAAGUGCAUUACCUUCAGCAUCAUGAUCUACAUGAUCUCCUGGAUCAGCUUCUUCACUGUCUACACCAUUAACAGAGGGACUCUUACUAUGGCACUGGAGGUGGUUGCUGUACUUUGUAGUGUGCUUGGAAUACUUAGUGGAUAUUUUUUACCCAAAGUGUACAUCAUUGUUUUAAAACCUCGAAUGAAUACCACCGCCCACUUCCAAAACUGCAUUCAAAUGUAUACCAUGGCCAAACAGUGAAACCCCUGCUGCUGAAAGUCCCAAAGCUGAUUAAAUUAAUUUAUUAAAUCAUUGCAGACUUUUAAAUGGCAAAAAGUAUGCCAUAUUAUAUAUACGGCAUACUGGACAUUGGAAGGUUAGGGUAUACAAUUGUUACUACCAUUAUAACAAGAUACAAAGCAAUCACUGUGUGUUCCAUUUGUUUACUUUAUGAGAAAUUAUGUAAUACAUGUAAGUUUAAUACAAAAACCUCCUGAAUAAUAAAGAACAUUUGAAUAUAUAAGCAACACAUAAAUGCAACAAUUUUCAGUACACAAGAAUAAACAUCUA